CAGUGUCGUUGUGAAAAUCUCUGCGCGUACGCGUGUUUUUCGCGCGCCAAUGCGCCAUCUGUGCUCGAUCGCGGCCCGUUGACGGCGCCCGCGCCGCCGCCGGGGACAAUUUCGCAUUUCGUAAUGUCCGCGCCGAUGCAGUGAACGUGGUGUUCGCGAGUGUCGUGUUUAUGUGUUUCGUCGGUGAUUACGCGAAUAGUGCGGCCAGAAUGGAAGCGUUGACCUCGGCAGCGAUCGUAUCGUCCGGGACGUCGACGGCCUGCAGUGCGACCGGCGAGAUAGUGAAAAUGAUCGUGCUUUCAAAUAUAUUUCGCGGAAGCCAUCCGCAGCAGCAAAUAUCUAGUGAAAUAAGUCAAAAAAGUGUGAAAGAGAAACCUUCAAAAUUAGUGACACAAAAUUCGUUAUCUUUAAGACAGCGGACCAAAACUCACGAUAACAUCAAAAUGACAGUUGAAUAUGAAGAAGAGCCAAAAACAGUGAUUAGUGAAAAAAGACUAUCGACCAGUGUAGAUGCCAUAGUAGCGCACAAUGAUGCCAAAAGUAAAGUGAUAUGUAGUGCCAAAGGUUUAUUAGAAACAAAUUUAGAUGAUCUAUUUAAUGAUGUAGAGAUGAACGACGAAUGGUCCAUCGAACCAAAGAGCUUAGGGGCAAGCGAACCUAUUUUAAUGAACAUAAGUUUUAAUGAACAUGAUACAAAACCUAUUAACAAUCGAGAAUCUCUCGUGUCAGAAAAUGAUAGUGAUGGUGAUACAGCGACUGAUAGUGAUUGUAUGGAUGAAGCUGCUCGCGAACAGCGGAAAUGUAUGGGCGCACGUCGGUUCGGACACAUGUUGAGAAGAGUUUUAUCUCGAAACGGUAAGUGCUUCUGA